AUGUGGCCUCAUUUAAAUUCAAGUUCUGAAUUUUAUUCGAAAAUUUUCGCUCAAUUUCUAAAAUUUAUAGAAGAAAUGCGUCGCGCACUACCCUGCCUCCCUGGAUUUAAUUUUGAUAAUAAGAUUGGUAAAACAAAGUUCCAUCGAUCCCAGUACUUCGAUAAAAUUCACGAUGGUGUCUAUUAUUUAGCUGAGAAACCGAGUGUUGGGGAGCAUUCUAGAUAUCCGUCAAAUUAUUCCUACAUUGAUGAACCGAGAAUACCGCCAUGGAUUGCUUACGACGGUCAAAGAUUAAUGUUCCAAGCAUUUUUCCAAGAAACCGUCCAAGAACGACGUGAGUCUUCUCAUCAGAUUCGCCUUGUGACAAUAAGUUUCUUCCUUGAGGAUGGCACAAUGAAGAUUGUCGAGCCUGCAAUAAGUAACAGUGGUCUUGAGCAGGGUGUCUUAGUCAGACGUCAGAGAAUACCAUUGCCCGACCCCGUACCCUACAGAUUCUACGACAUUCUCGAUCUGAACAUCGGCAAAGAGCCAGAGAUCUUCGGAAGAGUUUAUAAAAUAGUCAAUUGUGAUAAAUUCACCAAGAUAUUUCUGAACCGAAUGGGAAUUCCAGUGCCCGACCCCAUUGACCUUCCCUGUGAUCCUUAUAUUCAGCGCAGGAGUGUGCCAACGUUUUCGAAAAAACCGAACCGCAAAAUUGAUACAUUGGGGAAAUUUCUCAAUUACGACAGAAUGAUAUUGAGAUUCUAUGGAUAUUGGGACGAUAGAGAUUCUGAAUACGGAAUAAUACACGAUUUAGAGGUCCGAUACUAUCUGGCGGACGAUACCAUUGAGAUUAAGGAAAUUUUACCGAAAAAUUCGGGGAGAGAGGGAAGUUCUAUCUUCAUAAAACGAAUGAAAAUUCCUAAAUUCUUCAGCGGGAUAGAAUCGGUGGGCUCCAGUGACCCUUUCACGGUUUUGAAUGUCCUUGGGGAGAGUGGAGCGCAGAGUUAUUUUAUUCCUGAUGCUCUCAAUGCUGGGGAAAUUAAGCGGGAUUACUACAAGGACAGUGAUCUUACCAUUGAAACUAGCAUGAAUGUAUUUGGACGAGAGGUCGUCAUCACCGAUCUUGACCCGACAACGAAGAACUAUUAUAGAGAGAAAUAUGGUAUCGAGGAGUUUAAGCCAUUGGAAAAGCCAGAGUCAGCUUCCGACUACUGUUCAACUAUUGAAAAACGUAAACCACCGCCGUACAAUGGCUUUGGCUCUUACGACGAUUCCCUCGGCAAUUGUUUCAGUAUCGUACCAAAGCCCCCGAAAAUCGACUAUGCUAGAUUCGCUGCAUUCGACAAACAAGGCUACGACAGUAAAGUAUUGAGCUUCCGUGGAAGAAUGAUAUCUAACAUUCCGGAAAACUCAUCACGUCAAUUCAUCAUUCGAGUUUACCUCAUGGACAAUACAAUAUCAAUCUUCGAGUAUGCCCCCAAAAAUACUGGAUUCACACGUUCAUUAUUCCAAAAGCGAAUGCAAGUGCCGCUCCCAGGGCAGACAGUUUAUUCCAGCGAGAAGCCCCAAUACUUCGAGCCUCAUCAUUUCUACAUCGGGGCUGAAUUAAACCUGGGAGGAUUUCAUUUUUACCUCACCUCAGCUGACGAAUAUACUCUACGCUACAUGGAAUUGAACUGCGAUAAAUUUUCCAGGGCGAAUGCAGUCAUGAUUAUGAGUAAACUGAGAGAGGGGCUCAAACCUUGUUAUAAACAAUUUCUCGAGGAGUUUUCUCCAGUCACAGAGAUGGAUGGAAUUUUUGUUCUGCCUUAUGAGAAAUUUAGAGAGAGUUUGAUCAAAUAUUUAAAGGGUGAGGGAAUUGUUGAGCACGAGAUGAUUACAGUCGCUCGUAGAUAUGCAUUCAAACCAAAUGAGCAACGAGAUACUCGAGGAUAUUUGAGAAGUUUAAUACACACCGAGCUGACGCGUUUCCUCUGGAACGACCUGGACCGCCUCGCCGAGGAUAUCAAUCACUGGGAUCCAUCACGCACGGGCUUUCUCCCCCCCUCCGACAUCUACAAAAUUCUCCGAGGCUGCAGGCUUCCCCUGGAUUGCCAGCUAAUCAACUGUCUCCUCAACCACUUGCGGAGCAAUUCCGAGGGAGAGAUUGAUUGUCAAGACCUAUUAGACUUUAUGAACGUCAAGAUAAAUCCAUCCCCGCCCGUUGUACCGGUGCCUAUCAGCACCCUUCCCUGGUGGAACGAUAAGGACGAGGAUGACUGCUGUCCAGCAUUAAACUGGAAUGAAUUCAUCAAGGAUCUUGACAUAAAAGAGGAUGAUCCAGCUUCAGCAGCUGAUCCCCAAUAAUAAUGCCACAAUAUAAUUACUGGCUAAUUGAAUAUUGUUUUAAUGCUACAUCAUGAUCAUUCGUAUUUACACCGCACUACAUACUACUAAAUCUAAUUCUAUCACUCAUAAAUAUGCGCGUAGAUAAAUGACUUUAGCACAAUCAUGAUGAAUACUGAGUUAAUAAAUAUCAUUUCGCCUGGAUAAAUAACGAUUCGGUAGAGUACGAUUGAUAUAAUUGAGUGCAUUCAAUCAAUUGAGUAUCAUAUCCGACAAUACUCCGUGAUUCA